UGGUUUAUGUCCACUAGGGGAGCAGAAGUGUGCCAGAGCUCAAAUGUGUCACAUCCUGAACCUGCGGAGGAGCGCUAGUCAGUGAGGGAACAAAAGAGCUGGGAACCAAAUGAUGGGGAUAGCCUGAUAUCCUCAAUCCUACAAACAAGAUGUCAAAGCGGCCUCCCUAUGCCCCAGCCCCCACCCCGGCCCCCACAACACAAAUGCCCACCACCCCUGGGUUUGUGGGGUACAACCCAUACAGCCAUCUGGCCUACAACAACUACAGGCUGGGAGGGAACCCCGGCGGGAACAACAGGAACUCCUCCGGGAUCACCGUUCCUAAGCCGCCCAAACCGCCCGACAAGCCACUGAUGCCCUACAUGCGGUAUAGCCGGAAGGUAAGCAGGAAGGUUUGGGACCAGGUUAAAGCCUCUAAUCCUGACCUGAAGCUAUGGGAGAUUGGGAAGAUCAUCGGUGGCAUGUGGAGGGACCUCACUGAUGAGGAGAAACAGGACUAUUUAAAUGAAUACGAAGCCGAGAAGAUCGAGUAUAAUGACUCUCUGAAGGCCUACCACAACUCUCCAGCCUACCUGGCGUACGUCAAUGCUAAGAACCGCGCGGAGGCUGCUCUAGAAGAAGAGAGCCGGCAGAGACAGUCUCGUCUAGACAAGGGCGAGCCCUAUAUGAGCAUCCAACCUGCUGAGGACCCUGAUGGUGAGAUUGACGUCUAAAUGCCACUUUUGGAUGGCAAGAACAUAAUUUGAUGAUUUAUUUGAAUAUUACUUUAACAUGAGCGCUCAACAUGGUCUAAACAUGCUGUUGUGGGCUUGUGGCUAAUAGGGAAAAAAUCCCAGUUAGUUUUUGAAACUGGUAUUUUUGCAGAAUCUGUUUUUAGAAUAAAGGUGCAGCCACAAUUUUGAAAAAGGCUGGAAAAGGACAAUUUUUCUGUUGUAAACUGUAGCGAUGUAUGAAGCAAAGCUCACACAGAAUUCAUUUUCAAACCAAGCAGCUUUCUGUUGGUCAGUGCAGCAAAUCUCUGACCAGCUUUUACCUGCUGGAAGUCUCUCUUCCACAUGCUAAAAUAAAAAUGUAUCUGCACCUUAAUGAGUACUAAUGACCGGUGUUUCUACUGUUACAUAGGGUGUCCGCGGGUCCUAAAGAAUAUUUCAAAUGUCUUAACUAACGUUUUCUUAAUAAAAGGCCUAAAAAAAGUCUUAAAUUCAGAUUCGCUGGGUCUUAAAUAUUUUUGGUCACAUAACAACUAAAAUAUCUUCAGGCA